AUGUACCUGAACCCAAGAAUCGUAGGGUGUGGGGAGAGGACACUGGUUCUCUCCCAUGGCUACGGAGGGAGCCAGGCUAUCUGGGACAAGGUGCUGCCACACCUGUCACGGACCAACAAGGUACUACUCUUCGACUGGGACUUCUCGAGUACCGCCGCCGCCGCCGCCGCCGCCGAGGGGGCAGAGGAGGAGGGCGGGGAGCACAGCUACUACACGUUCUCGAGGUUCGCCGACGAGCUGGUGGCGCUCAUGGACGAGAUGAAGCUGCGCGGCGCCGUGUACGUGGGGCACUCCAUGGCCGGCAUGGUCGGCUGCAUUGCGUCCAUCAAGCGCCCCGACCUCUUCACCCACCUCGUCCUCGUCGGCGCAUCCCCGAGGUACAUGAACUCGGAGGACUACGAGGGCGGGUUCGACGAGCCUGAGAUCGAGGCGAUGCUGUCCAGGAUCUCGUCGGACUUCCGCGGCUGGGCCGAGGACUUCGUGCCGCUCGCCAUCGGCGGCGGCGCGGACGACCACCCCUCGUCGGUGGAGGUGCUGGCGCGGAGCUUCUUCGCCAUGGACCCGCGCGUGGCGCACGGCCUGGCGCGCAUGAUCUUCCUGGGCGACCAGCGCACGCUGCUGGGCGACGUGGUCGUGCCGUGCACGCUGGUGCACGUCUCUGGCGACUUCGCGGCGCCGCCCUGCGUCGGGCGCUACAUGCAGGCCCGCAUGCGCGCUGCCGCCAUGCACACCAUCGACUCGGUGGGGCACUUCCCGCAGCUCGUCACGCCCGACGAGCUGCUCGGGAUACUCGACCUCGUUCUCGGCUCCGGUGCUGCUUACGGGGAGGAGGAGGAGGAGGCUACUGCAGCCGCCAUGGCAGAGACGAGUAGCGAGGUCGUCGUCGUAUCCUCUGGUGGUCUUGCCGAUGCGCCGGAGUCCAAGGGCCGUAUCGACGUGGCGACGUAG